CCUCGGCUGCCGGCGGGCGAUGCGCUUCCUCCGCUGAAACGCGCCGCGGGCUGAACCGGCAGGAUGACGGUGGAGUUCGAGGAGUGCAUCAAGGACUCGCCCCGGUUCCGGGCAACCAUUGAUGAAGUGGAAACAGAUGUGGUGGAGAUAGAGGCAAAGCUUGACAAGCUGGUAAAGCUAUGCAGUGGGAUGAUUGAAGCAGGCAAAGCCUACCUCACCACGAACAAGCACUUUGUCAGUGGAGUCCGGGACUUGUCGCAGCAGUGCAAGAAGGAUGAAAUGAUUUCGGAGUGCCUUGACAAAUUUGGAGACAGUCUGCAGGAAAUGAUUAACUACCACAUGAUCCUGUUUGACCAGGCUCAGAGGUCAGUCCGGCAGCAGCUGCACAAUUUUGUGAAAGAUGAUGUCCGGAAGUUCAAGGAAACCAAGAAGCAGUUUGACAAGGUGCGAGAGGACAUGGAGAUUUCACUGGUGAAGAAUGCCCAGGCACCUCGGCACAAGCCCCAUGAAGUGGAGGAGGCAACAGGCACCUUGACCAUAACCAGAAAGUGUUUCCGGCAUCUGGCCCUAGACUACGUGUUGCAGAUCAACGUCCUGCAGGCCAAGAAGAAGUUUGAAAUACUGGAUGCGAUGCUGUCCUUCAUGCAUGCCCAGUACACCUUUUUCCAGCAGGGCUACAGUCUUCUCCAUGAACUAGAUCCCUACAUGAAGAAACUAGCCACAGAGCUGGACCAGCUGGUGAUUGAUUCUGCAGUGGAGAAGAGGGAGAUGGAGCACAAGCAUGCACUGAUACAGCAGAGGACCCUCCUGCAGGACUUCUCCUAUGAUGACUCGAAGGUGGAGUUUAAUGUUGAUGCCCCAAAUGGAGUGGUGAUGGAAGGCUACCUCUUCAAGAGAGCUAGCAAUGCUUUCAAAACAUGGAAUCGGAGGUGGUUCUCCAUACAGAACAGUCAGCUGGUGUACCAGAAAAAGCUAAAGGAUGUCCUCACGGUAGUGGUGGAAGACCUGCGGCUCUGUACUGUCAAGCCGUGUGAAGAUAUAGAGAGGAGGUUUUGCUUUGAGGUCGUCUCACCUACCAAGAGCUGCAUGCUGCAGGCUGACUCAGAGAAGCUGCGUCAGGCUUGGAUUCAGGCUGUUCAAGCUAGCAUUGCUUCUGCAUACCGGGAGAGUCCUGACAGCUACUAUAUUGAAAGACUGGACCGGACUGCUUCCCCAUCGACUAGCAGCAUUGAUUCUGCUACUGACUCCCGGGAGCGCAGUGUGAAAGGAGAGACCAUCUUGCAGAGAGUGCAGAGCAUACCCGGGAAUGACCAGUGCUGUGACUGUGGUCAGCCGGAUCCUCGCUGGGCCAGUAUCAACUUGGGCAUUCUGCUGUGCAUUGAGUGCUCUGGUAUCCACAGGAGUCUGGGUGUUCACUGCUCCAAGGUCCGAUCUCUCACAUUGGAUUCCUGGGAGCCAGAGUUACUGAAACUGAUGUGUGAGCUGGGGAACAGUACCAUGAAUCAGAUUUAUGAGGCACAGUGUGAAGAGUUGGGACUUAAGAAACCAACAGCAGGGAGCUCCAGGCAGGACAAGGAAGCCUGGAUCAAGGUGAAAUAUGUGGAGAAGAAAUUCCUGAAGAAGCUGCCAAGUGGGGAGACUCUAACAGAGAAUGAGCGGAAACCUCGACGCUGGUGUGUGAAGAAGUGCCAGAGGCACAACAGCACCACGAAAGCACCCACAGCUCGUAGAAAGUACCGCCAUGAAGCAGGCAAUGCAUCACCAGCCAUGUUGUCAUCAGCAGCUACACUGGAGAGGAAGUUCCGUCGAGAUUCCCUUUUCUGCCCUGAUGAGCUGGACUCGCUCUUCUCCUACUUUGACACUGGUGCUGGCUCCGGCCCACGCAGUCUGAGCAGUGACAGUGGACUUGGAGGAAGCACGGAUGGCAGCACUGAUAUCCUGGUGUUUGGCUCUGUGGUGGACAGCGUGACAGAGGAAGAGUGUGAGGUGUCAGAGGAGUCAAGCGGUGAAGCAGAGAUUGAACAGGAAGCAUCAGAUUUGGAGGACCUGAGGGAGCUGCAUCCUGGCUUGUUGAUCUACAAGGCAGCACAAGCCCGAAACCUGCCUCUCAUGGCAGAAGCACUCGCACACGGUGCUGAGAUCAACUGGGUGAAUGAUGAAGAUGAAAACAAAACUCCUCUGAUUCAAGCUGUGAAGGGGGGUUCCUUGAUAGCCUGUGAAUUCCUGCUGCAGAAUGGGGCAGAUGUUAACCAAAGAGAUAGCCGAGGCCGAGCUCCCUUGCAUCAUGCCACAUACCUAGGGCAUACUGGUCAGGUCUGCUUGUUCCUCAAGCGAGGGGCAAAUCAGCAUGCGGUGGAUGGUGACGGGCAGGACCCGCUCAGUAUUGCUGUCCAGGCAGCCAAUGCGGACAUAGUUACCUUGCUGCGUCUGGCUCGAAUGAAUGAGGAAAUGCGAGAAGCAGAGGGCCCCUUUGGACAACCAGGUCAAUAUCCCAGCAACAGCCCUACCGAGCUGCAGUACAGAAAGUGUAUACAGGAGUUCAUCAGCCUUAAUAUAGAUGAGUGUUAGUGACAACUCCCCCACCUCCCCUUUGCUGUCUUGAAGUUGGGCUGAAUUUCUAGAAGCCCUGAGAGCCCCAUCCUUGGUAUAUUGGUGUUUCUUGCAGAUUGGUCUGUUUUUGAUGCCUGCACGUAUAGGUUGAGAUGCACACAGGAAGGAAAAGGGGUCUUUCCUGUUAGCGUUAAGUUCUCAUGCUUGACUACUGGAUGGUUGAUUUUGUGUAGGAGACUUCUAGGGCAUAACCACAGACCAUGGCGUGUGGACUUGAGUGUGUGAAAAGUAUGGGAGAUGAGUUUAGCAUUAAAAAAUAAAAAAAAGAAAAAAAAAAAGAAAA